AGAGAGAGAGAGAGAGAGAGAAAGAAAGAAAGGCACUCUUUGCUCCUAUUGGCCGGCGUUCUGCCUAGCCGCGUCCCUAUUGGUUGGAGGAGGCGGGGCUCGCGCACCCUUCGCUGGUUCUCUCGCGCGCUGGUGGGCGGGGCCGCGUUUCUUCUACUGGAGCUUUGAGGCGGCUGCGGGCCUGAGGUAAAGCAGAGACGGUUGUUUGAGGAUGGGGUCCGCCUGAAGGGAGGCCUGAGGGAGUCGAGGCAGUUGGACUUCAAAAAACAUCAUGAACUACUGUGUGUAUGCUUCCUGACAGAAGAUAGAUGUUAAGUGGAAAGAUCUACUGUGAUCUACAGUCUGGCUAGCAGGAUUUUUCUUUUUUGACAACCGUCGCCUUUGGAGCUGCAAGUUGCUGUCUCUAAGCAGAUAUUUGCCAUUUCCUGCCUUGAUGCAAAGCAGUAGUUGAAUUACAUCUGUCAUUUCUGGUAUUUGUGGAAACAGAUUCUUUGCUGUAUUGCUGCUAAAUACAGACAAUUAUGUCUAAGAAACAUCAAAAAGAUUCAUCAGGAUUUAUUUUUGAUGUACAAUCCAAUACUGUGAUGGCCCAAGGAGGUACCUUUGAGAACAUGAAGGAAAAGAUCAGUGCUGUGAGAGCAAUAGUCCCCAACCGCAGCAACAACGAAAUUAUCUUGGUGCUGCAGCACUUUGAUAACUGUGUAGAUCGAACAGUGCAAGCAUUCAUGGAAGGUAGUGCCAGUGCAGUGUUGAAAGAAUGGACAGUAACUGGAAAGAAAAAGAACAAAAAGAAGAAAACCAAGCCAAAGCCUUCUGCAGAAUCAAGUGCCAGCCUCCAUGACCCCAGUAAGCCAGUGUCCACUGAAGAGGAACAGUCUGUGGCUUCGUCCGAGAAGGGUGGGAUCAAUGGUUACCAUGUCAAUGGCUUGACCAAUGACACAGAGUCUGUGGACUCACUCAGUGAAGGCUUGGAUACACUUUCCAUAGAUGCCAGAGAGUUGGAGGAAAGUGAGCCUACUAUGCCUGAGGUGUCUCAUGGAGCAGUAACACUUGAGUUAGAAAAUGGAAUAAUGGACUUCAGUCCAAGGUCUGCUACUAUGCGGUCUUCACAGAAUGCCCAGUCGCCUAGGGUGCAGCCUGAAUUGAAGAACCCUGGCAAAUCUUUCUCCAGACCUGUCUCAAGCAACCAGUCACCUGCUCCUUCAUCAAUGACAAUACUAGAUGAGGUCCCUGUGUCCUCUGGAAACAAAAAGCUAGGUUCAAAUAUUGAAAAAUCAGUGAAAGACCUUCAACGCUGCACUGUUUCAUUGGCUCGGUAUCGUGUUGUUGUUAAAGAGGAAAUGGAUGCUUCCAUUAAAAAAAUGAAGCAGGCCUUUGCAGAGCUGCAGAGCUGCCUCAUGGAUCGAGAAGUAGCUCUCCUAGGUGAAAUGGACAAAGUGAAAGCAGAAGCAAUGGAAAUCCUAAGUAGCCGACAAAAGAAAGCUGAAGCAUUAAAAAAGCUGACCGAUGUAGCAGUCCGAAUGUCAGAGGAGCAGUUGGUGGAGCUUAGAGCCGACAUAAAGCACUUUGUUAGUGAGCGCAAAUAUGAUGAAGAUCUUGGAAGGGUGGCUCGCUUUACUUGUGACCUAGAUGCAUUAAAGAGAAGCAUUGACUCCUUUGGACAAGUUUCUCAUCCAAAGAACAGUUACUCAACCAGGUCACGAUGUAGCUCCACUACCAGCACCCCCUCUGUAAACACCCUCAAUGAGUCCCUUCCCACAGCAUGCAUCUCGGCAUCUGCUCCGGGCCUUGUGACAGCCAACAAGAAACUGCCAUCCCCAGCAGAACCUCCUGGAACAACAAGUCGCCCAUAUCAGCCCUACCGUGAGGGGUUCCAAGGUAACAGAAGACCUGCUCAAGGUUACCGGCCCCAAGGACAGCGCCAGAAUGGGCCCUCACACCCAAGUUCAAAUCGAUACAGAAGUGGGCAAUGGUACCAGGCCAACUCCAGGCCCCGACCACCUCCUGGAAAUACAAACAGCCCCAGCCAGACUCAUGCUGGAGGGACCAAUGUAACUGGCACUGGGCCUGAUCCUGGUCCUCCACAUUCCCCGUCUGCCCAGGCAUACUCGGGGCCCCUCAGCAAAGAGGCCAAGGCCCUGCCACAGCGGAAACCUAGAUCAAGCCAACCUGAGGUGGCCAAUUCCUGAGGACCAUGAAUUCUGCCACCUUCAAAACUGGAUAACAGGAUUGUAUGAGACACCUAGCUAGAAAUAUUAACAAAGGAAAGUUUACACUCAUUGUCCCUGUGCCCACUUCUCUUCCCUAGUCAUUCUGUUCUAGGAAAGCAGUUUCCUAGUGCUUCUCCUGCCCUUGCUUCCUGCCAGCCUUAUGACUUAGGUCGGGCUUUAGUGGACAAUGUAUACACUUGUUGUCCAGAUGUGGCCUUGGGAACCUCACUGUAUCCGCCUCCUUUACACUUCUGGCUUUUCUUAUUCUAACGCCGUCCUUAAAUUGUGCCAGGCUUGUGGCCUAAAAGGGAAAAAAUGAAAGAGGAGGGGAGAUGUCUUCCAACAUAGCCAUCCUUAAGCUUCUGCUCCUCCCCAAAUGCUGCUAGCCAGGCCUUACUCCAAACAGCAAAGCUAUUCAUGCUGGCAAUGAAAACAAUUGCUGUGAUUUGUGAGACCAAACUGAGAAAUCCAAAGGGAGGAGCCUUAGGAGACUGCUGGGAUAUUUACUUUCUUUUUACAUCUUGUCUACAUGCUGCUCUUGGGAACAUUGGACCUGUCCCGUACCUUUCUUCCCACAGAGAAUGCAAAGGGCCCAGUCCUCGUAGAGGAGCAACAUACUCUGUGUACCUUAUAUAUGACUCUAGAUGUUACCUUCUUUUCAUGUUCAGUGAGCCAAUGGGAGGUUUCAUUUAUUCCAUCUCCCAUCAGCAAUCCACCAUCUGAUCCUAAAUUAAAUUUCUAGCAGUUUAAUUAGCAGUGCUAAUCUUAGAUAAUUGCAAGUUAAACACAAAUUGCUACAGUCUUUCUCUAUCCUUGUAUAAAUAAAAACAAUAUACAUGUUUAAAAGA